CGUGCCCCCACGCCCUCGAGGCCGCGCCGCCCUCCCGCUGGCCUCCGCGGCGCCCUCCCGCACCGGAUCGCUCCUCGCUGGGGCGGGACCUGGCUCCGGUCACUAUGAGCGAAACAUCCUUCCACCUGAUAUCAGAGAAAUGUGACAUCCUAUCCAUUCUUCGGGAUCAUCCUGAAAACAGGAUAUAUCAGCGGAAAAUCCAGGAACUCAGCAAACGGUUCAGCGCAAUCCGGAAGAUCAAAGGAGACGGGAACUGCUUCUACAGGGCCCUGGGCUACUCCUACCUGGAGUCUUUGCUGGGGAGGAGCAGGGAGGUUCUCAGGUUCAAGGAGCGUGUACUACAGACCCCAGAGGACCUCCUGGCUGCCGGCUUUGAGGAGCACAAGUUCCGAAACUUCUUCAAUGCUUUUUACAGCGUGGUGGAGCUGGUGGAGAGGGACGGCUCCGUGUCCAGCCUGCUGAAGGUGCUCAACGAACAGAGCACCUCGGACCGCGUGGUGCAGUUCCUGCGCCUGCUCACCUCGGCCUUCAUCAAGAACAGAGCUGACUUCUUCCGGCACUUCAUCGAUGAGGAGAUGGACAUCAAAGACUUCUGCGCUCACGAAGUGGAGCCCAUGGCCAUGGAGUGCGACCACAUCCAGAUCACAGCGCUGUCGCAGGCGCUCAACAUCGCCCUGCAGGUGGAGUACGUGGACGAGAUGGACACUGCGCUGAACCACCACGUGUUCCCCGAGGGGGCCAGCCCCUCCGUAUACCUGCUCUAUAAAACAUCCCACUACAACAUCCUCUAUGCAGCUGAUAAACGUUGAUUACUUUUGGGCCAAGCACUGGAGCCUGCCGCCUAGCGGGACUGCAUUAUGAGUGGAGCAUUCCGACUUUUUAAUUUUUUAAGCGAUUGAGCCUGUAGCUAGGAAACCAAUGGCCUUCCGGCUGAGGCCUGCCCAGAGGUGGGGAUGGGGUGGGUGGGCCUGCUGUUGCUGGGUGUGCCUGUCACUUCCCGAGAUGGAGCUGAUGCUGUGACUCUGAGCUGGGAAGCCAGGAGGCCUCUCUGGACCCCAACUUCCCCCUAGGAGACCAUGGGAUAGUCACCUAAGGGCCUGUGCCUUCUCCGUAGUGACUUUCUGUUGUAGACAGAUGGGGUUCCUCCCUCCCAGGAGCAGGGCCUCUCCAGGAGGAGGAAUGGAAGCUGGGGACCCAUGGAAUCGGAUGCAGUCCGGUAGACUGGAUUCAGGUGGAUGUGACUGAAGUGUUGCUAAUGGGGCUGGGGGCUCGGGGUCGGACAGAUCCCCAUGCUGGGGAUAAGAUUUGAGCCCCAACUUAGACCACAGGAGGCCUCCUUCCCCCUCCACCUGGACCAAAGGAAAGCCCAGGGCCCCCAAAUUACCUCCUCACCUUGUGGCUUCAGGACCCCACAGGCGGCCGCAGGCCUGGGGGUGGCCCUGAGGACUCUCUUCACCUCAGGCCCACUCCUAGAGGUAUGCUAGAGCCCUCUGGUGCUGCUGGGAGAGUUGGCCCACCCACGCACGGAGGGGUCUGUGUUACACACCUAGGUGCUGCCGCUGCCCUAAGGCAGACAGUAGGGGCUUUUCUUCCCGGCAGGUCCCAACCCCCACAUCUGGGGCUGGGGCCAAGGUUCAGCCCAGCCAUCACGUCGCCUCCCCACAGGAAUCUAAGCCUGACCUCUGACCAUGGGCCACCCUGCUCUGGGACUGAGGUCUCCCUGGCCCCACCCUGUUCUUGGGGUGGGGGUCUUCAUGGCAUGAGUGUGCGUGUGUGCGAGUGUGUGAUGAACAGCAGCAUCUUCAGCAGACAAAUCCAGGGAAUCUGGGCUGGCAGAAGGGGCCCAGGGCCUCUCAGACAGGGCUCCCACGAGCAGCCAACCUGCUGGCACUGGCUGCCAGCCAUCUGUGUGGCACCCAUGCUCAGCUCUCGGAAACUGACCAGCAGAAGGCCGUGCUCUGGGAGGACUGUUGGGCUUCCUGGCUAGAGCUGCCACGUGUCCACGGCAACGACCAGUGUAACGGGGGAGAGCCACCAUGUGAACACACAUGCCCGGUCUCCUGGGGAGAUGGAGCUGCUACGCGCACAGAUCGCCCCUUCACGGCGAUGGCCCCUCGGCUCGGCAACAGAAGCCCUGGUCUGGCAGAGGCAGAGCCGUCAACGUCUUGACCUUGCCCCUGCCUUCCAUUUCUUCACACCACGGCCCUCCGGCUCUACGUUGUCUAGGGACACUGGCCCUGCAGCAGAAAAUCACUGCCUAAAGCACCCCCUCGGAGUGACCUUGCUGGGCAGGGCGGCCAGUCAUGCCUGGGACGACACACUGCCCGAGGAAUGCUCGCCGCCCGCCGGCUCGCCAAGAAGCCAUCUCUGCAGACACAGGCUGAAGGAACGUUUACAAUUGCACACUGAACUGACUGAUCCCAAAGGAGCCUUUCUACGCAGCAGCCCUUGCUGUGGGCAGGCUACUGCUGGCACCAACGGCGCCGAGUUCGUUCGUUCCGAGCUGGACUCCCUGGAUUCAAACCUCAGCAAUGUCACUGAGCCCUGGAACAAGUCACCUCUAAUCUGAGGCCCUAUAUGGGCAGGGAGACAAGACUUUGGUCACAGUUGGACAACCAGAAUACCUAAUAGCAGCCCAGCAGCUGCUCUCAGGCCAUCUCUAUUCAUAGGCCCUCUAGGGUGGGUGGGGCAGCACUGCUCCACGGGCCCCAAGGCCAUCAUUGCCUUUUGGUUGGAGUGCUUUAGGCACUGUACCACCAGGCUCCAACAGAAAUGGGAUGUCCCCCACCCACCUUCCCAUCGAGGACACGGCAGGAUGGGGGGCAGUGGGGUGGGGAAGGCUGUCUGUGAAAACAUUUCCCAGCAUUAAAUCGAGUUCCAUCCGA